CUCUCUACUCACGCCCGCCCUCGUCAUAAACUCUCGUACCACUCCGGAACACCGACCACGUCUUCCUCCACAUUUUGACACCUCCCAGCUUCCUGCCGCCUCCAUCACUACCAAUCCUUUACCAGUCUUUGCAUCUUCAAGCUGUUUUUGUUCAUUUGAAUUCCUCGUUUGACCGACGUGCCCACUCGCUGCGUCGGUGCAAAGCUGUCGCCUGCUGCGGUGUCAUUCAUCUCCCCCUCCCACUCUCGUUCAAACCCGCUUUCUUAGCUCUCACGUCUCGCCAUGCCAUCGUAAUUCAAGAAUUGACACAUCGCGCACCGGCUCAUCUGCCGCAGUCUCACCUCACUCUCGCCUCGUCAACCACUUCUCUCUUCUGCGCCCUUGUACCGACCACCUGGGUGCAGAGAGAUGAAUUCCCUCAACCUCAUCUCUUCACGGGUCAUAGGUCAAUCCCCACCACCUCGAUCGCGGUCCAGAUCUUCCGGCGAUUUGUUGAGUAAGGAGUUUAUCGACGAGUCAGUCCGAGGAAGAACAUACAGUGCGGAGCAUGUGCCCACUCUCAGCGAGAAGCUCCAGUCUCGUGAAUCCGACUUGAAGAGAACCAGUCCCUCUGAAGAGUCGCAGUUUGAGGAUCAAGAUGAUGAGAAGGCGCCUUUGCUGGCUGCGGACGAACAAAGUGCUCUGUCUGAAUGGGACAGUGGCUGGAGACGGAUCGUCAAAAGCAUAGCCGAUGCUAUCACUGCUCUUCUUGCCGCCAUAGGAGCGCCCGUCUUUUAUAUUGCAAAGUGCUUUAGAGACAAAGAUGGCAAGUUCAGUCUGGUGCCUCAGUCGCCCCCACGCGAUCGCGCGACCUUGGGUGGUCCACGGACGGCUAUUGGUGUCCCUUCCUCGACUCACGAUGGACAACUCUCAGAGAAGCGAACGGCUGGAUCUGCACACAUCAAGCUGAACCAUUCUUACUCCAGCGACUCGCUUACUUCGCUGGGUUCCGAAUCGGACACAGAUCCUCGUAAAACAAAGCAAGGCAGUGGAGCCAAAGUAAAAUCAGAGGCUCCCCGGGAAGAGUCUGAGACUCGAAGGUCUUCGAUCAGGAUCAAAGAACAAAGUGAGGCAGUCAAAAGACGCAAGCAAAAGAAGUCAACCAGUCCUUUGGCUGACAACGUGCCCUUGACGGUGGACAAUAUUAAAUCACCCACGUCGCCAUCUUCCUCACUGCGCAUCACCCGCUAUCCACAUGCACCACAACCACCUCGACCAUUGACUCCGCGGCGCCAACCAUCAUACUCGAACCUCAUUCCACGGUCGCCGUCACGUAUGGGACAGUCCUAUCAACAAAAGACCCUCAUCCUCGACCUCGACGAAACCCUGAUUCAUUCGCUGGCCAAAGGUGGGCGCAUGUCCUCGGGGCAUAUGGUGGAAGUCAAGUUAAACGCACCUGUGGCAUUGACUGCGCCUCUGCCCGGCCAGGCAACCCCUGUUCUCGGAGCUCACCACCCCAUUCUAUAUUAUGUCCACAAACGGCCCUUCUGCGAUGAAUUCCUUCGAAAGGUGUCCAAGUGGUACAAGUUGGUCGUCUUUACAGCCUCGGUACAAGAAUACGCUGAUCCAGUGGUGGACUGGCUUGAGGUCGAACGCAAAUACUUUGCCGCGCGGUACUACCGUCAGCACUGUACAUUCCGUAACGGAGCAUACAUCAAAGAUCUGAGCAGCAUCGAGCCUGAUUUGAGCAAGGUCAUUAUUCUGGACAAUAGUCCGGUCAGUUAUAUUUUCCACGAGGACAAUGCAAUUCCAAUCGAGGGAUGGAUCAAUGAUCCUACGGACAAUGAUCUACUUCAUCUGAUACCCAUGUUAGAGGCAUUGCAGUACACGACCGACGUAAGAGCCCUCUUGGCAUUGAGACGUGGAGAGGCAGAGGAGAAUUCCCAACACAAUUAGAUACCCAUCUAGAAGGCUACAACGGAGGAUCAACUCCGGGUGAACGAGGAUAUGUUACCAUGCAAAGAUAUAAUGCAUACUAUGUUGUGGGAGACGAUUCUGUCACGUGAUGUCAUACUGUCAUACCUCUACUUAUCCUCGGGCGUCGUUGGGGUUGCUGCCGACUUGCCGAUGUCUCUGAAUGCAUAAGGAAGUCAGCCAGUUGUGCCAGUGUCACCCACCCCCCCCCCUCCCC